UUACAUAUGGUGAGGUGAUAUUAUGUGUGCUUGCAAAGAAGGGUCACAGGUCCCCGAGUGGCCUCGUAGCAUUGCAUUUCAAUGGAAAAGUCCCCGGAGAGGGCAAUUUCCAGCUUUGGAGUGGCUCAGACCUGUAAUCUCCAUCCCGCUGUCACUCAGGACCGAAGGCCUUUCGAACUGUCCAAUCAGGGUCGGCUCCGGGGUAGGUGGGUGGGGCGACACUCCGCCCCCAUCCCGACUUCCUGCUCGCGCCACAGUCCUUCCGGUCACGGGCCGCUGCUUUAAAAGGCCCUAGGUUGCUCUGCCGCCAGCUCUGUUGUGGCUGUGACCUGUGCGGGAUCGUAGGAGGGACGCGGGGGACCCAGGAGACUUAGAAAUGGUAUCAUUUCCCUUUCCAAGUGGUCUUACGGAAGAUGAGGACUCAGUGACCAUUGAGGAUGUGGGUGUGAACUUCACCCCGGAGGAGUGGGCUUUACUGGAUCCUUCACAGAAGAAACUCUACAGAGAUGUGAUGUGGGAAACCUUCAGGAACCUGGCCUCAAUAGAAACGACAUGGGAAGAUGAUGAUAUUGAAGUUAAGUACACAAACCAGGGGAGAAAAUUAAGAAAUCAUAUGGUACAGAGACUCUAUAAAAGUGAAGAGGGUAGUCUGUGUCAAGAAAACAUCAACCUAAAUCCAAAUCUCAGUCUUAACAAGAAAACUAAAGGUGCUAAACCAUGUGAAUGCAGUGCAUGUGGAAUGGUCUUCAUUCAUCAUUCAUCCCUUAAAAGGCGCAUUAGAUGUCACACUGAACACAAACUAUCUGACGAUCAAAAAUAUGGAGAGGAGCCAUAUAAAUGUACAGUCUGUGGAAAAGUCUUCCCUUUUCAUAGGUCUCUUCAAAUACAUGAAAGAACUCAUACUGGAGAGAAAAUCUAUGAAUGUAAAACAUGCAGUAAAGCAUUCACUUCAUCCAGGUCUCUUCGAAUACAUGGAAGAACUCACACUGGAGAGAAAGCUUAUGAAUGUAAAAAAUGCAGAAAAAAGUUCACUUCUUCCAGUUCUCUUCGAGGCCAUGAAAGAAUUCAUACUGGCGAGAAACCCUUUGAGUGUAAAAUAUGUGGUAAAGCCUUUAGGGUUUCAAGAAGUCUUCAACUACAUGAAAGAAGUCACACUGGAGAAAAACCCUAUGAAUGUAAAAAAUGCAGUAAAGCAUUCGUUUAUCCUAGUUCUCUUCUAAAGCAUGAAAGAAAUCACACUGGAGAGAAACCCUAUGAAUGUAAAAAAUGCAGUAAAGCAUUUACUUCUUCCUGUUCUCUUCAAAUACAUGAAAGAAUUCAUACUGGAGAGAAACCCUAUGAAUGUAAAACAUGCAGUAAAGCAUUCGCUUCCUCGAGUUAUCUUCAAAAACAUGAAAGAAGUCAUAGUGGAGUGAAACCCUAUGAGUGUAAAAAGUGCAGUAAAGCAUUCAUUUUUCCAUGUUUCCUUCGAGUACAUGAAAAAAUUCAUACUGGAGAGAAACCGCAUGAAUGUAAAAAAUGCCAUAAAGCAUUCACUUCUCAUGGUUAUCUUCAACAACAUGAAAGAAUUCAUACUGGAGUGAAACCAUAUGAAUGUAAAAAAUGCUGUAAAGCAUUUGUUUUUCAAUGUUCUCUUCGAGUACACGAAAGAAUUCAUGCUGGAGAUGCACCUUAUAAAUGUAAGAAAUGUGGGAAAGCCUUCAUUUUUCCUAGUGUUCUUCGAAUACAUGAAAGAACUCAUUCUAGAGAGGAAGUUUAUGCAUGUUAAAAAAAAAACUCAUCAAUGCAUUCAUUUCUCUCAGUUUACUUCAAAAAUGUCAAAGAAUUCAUACUGGAAAGAAACCUUUGUAAAUUAUGUGGUAAAGCCUUCAGGUUCUAAGUAGUGUUCAAGUACAUAAAAGAGCCCAUGCUGGAGAGAAACUAUGAAUGUAAAAAAUGCAGUAAAGCAUUCACUUGUGGUUAUCUUUGAACACGUGCAAUAAUUCAUACUGGACAGAAACCCUAUGCAUGAAAGGAAUGUGUGAAAGCCUUUAUGAUUCCCUCAAGCCUUUGCUCACAGCUGAUCUUGCACACCAUAGAUGGACAUUACUGGUAUAAGCAAUGUGAGAAAGUAUUCCUUUCCUCCAAUUCAUUUUUAAUAUGUGAAACGAGUCACACAGGAAAUAAAAAUCUUUGAAUGUAAGGAAUGUGGGAAAGCCUUUAUAAAUGUCUCAAGCCUUCAGUCACUGAUGGUCUUUUGCACUGGAUAUGGACCUUAUAAAUGUAAAGAGUGUGGGAUAGCCUUCACUUCUCCGUUUUCUUCAAACACAUGAAAGAACUCAUACUGGAGACAAACCUUAUGAACGGAAGGAAUGUGAGAAAGCAUUCACUUAUCACAUAUCACUUCAAAGCAAUGAGAGAAGUCACACUGUAGAGAAACCCUAUGAAUGUCAGUAAAAUUAGAAAGCCUUUAUUUCUCAUGAAAACCUUUGAGGAUGUGCAAGAAUGCACACUAGAUGAAAAACCUCAUAAAUAUAACGAACGCGGAAAAGCCUUUUAUCAUCCAGUUCUUUCUGAAAGUAUGAAGGACUCAUUUAAUAGAAAUCUCUUGAAUGUAAAUAGCAUGGAAAAGACUUCAAUUUGCCCACCUUCUACUGUGUGAAACUGUCACCAGAAAGAAAUAUAAAUGUAAGUAAUACCAGAAAGCUUAUUGGAAAUUAGUGUAUAAUAUUCUAGAAAACUUUCACAUGAAAGAGUUGUUAUGAAAGUUGUAAAUAUUUUAUGUUUACCAAGCCUUUUUCUUGAAGUGCAACAUUGGAUUGUAGAUUUCUAAUCAUUACUGUCAGAGAUGAAUAUUGAGGUGAGAUAAUUUUGCAAUUCAUCCUUUAUCAAUAGUAUAUAAGCUUAAUAGGUAGUGUGUUUUUUCCUUAAAUCAGUUAAUAAUUUUUUCUUUUUAAUGUUUUAAUUGUUCUGUGCUAAGGGGCCGUUAAAAAUGACACUGUAUGUUUUUUAGGAUUUUCUUAGUGGCCCUGUCUUAUAGUUCCUGCAUAUGCCGAAUCUGUUGUAUGUUUUGUAUCUUUCUUAGAGUAUUCUCUUUUUCAGGGGUGGUACAUAUAGGAGCCUAUUUCCAUUUUUGUACUGUUAAACAAUUGGACUAAAUUUUUGUUCACGGCAAGGUUACCAAAGAGUAUCCUUUCCUGUGAAUUCUUAUUGUCAUAUUUGGGCUUUUGCUCUUUUUCCCUCCUUCUGACUGGUAUUUGUUGAAUCAACUUUGAAUUAACUAGAGGCCUGUGUUAGGGCCACAAAAUCUUGAGCUGAACAUAUCACCCCUGUAUUGCAUUAUGUCAAUUAGGGUAAUAUUAAGAACUAGGUCUUUAAGAAUCUCUCCUCUUUUUCGUUCCAUAUUGGAAUUCACCUAUAGCCUCACUUGCAUAAGAUUUGGAAGGCAGAAGCAAACAAAUCAUUAGGCAGAUUUGGGGGCCACUAUACAGGGAGACAGUUAUGUAAGAGCUUUGAGGACACCGUCUUCCAGCCCAUUUUCUGGAUUCUUUGCCUGUCUGGUCAAGUGUAUGUUGAAAACCACUACCAUUUGAUUUCCAUUUCCUUAGAAGUGUAUUUUCCACUGAUGUUUUCACAAGUUUCACAUCAAAGAUACCUUAAGAGUUAGGAUUCUUCUGUAAGGCCUCUUGUGUCCACCAGGAAAGUAAUUCAGAUAUUUGUGGUUAGGAGUAUUCUCUGAUUCUCUUCUUUUCUAGAUGAUAUCUGUAUAUUAUGUAAUUUGUAUGGUGAACACCUUAUGCUGUUAAUAGUGCUAGUGAGCAUGUUUUGCUGCUUCACCAUUACAUCUACAAUGGGGCAUAAAAAGCAGGACAUGGCAGUUUGUUUCUCUGCUGCAUUGUGCAGUGGCUACCUUGACCCAGUUCUUCCGUGUGAGAACAAUCACUUUUCUCAUGUCAGGAAGACUGUGUGUUUCCUGUUACUUGUGGCUGAAUGUGUUCCCUUGAUUUGUGUUUAGUAAUGUUUGAUUGUAUGUCAUUAAAACUACGUGGAUUUCCUUGAGAAAUGAACACCUCUGUAGUUGUUUCAUUGACAUAUUUUAUCAACUGUUUUAAGCUGUUGCAUGCUAAUAAACAUUGUGAUUUUCAUUUCCUCAAAAUAUAUAUAUAUAUUUUUUUGUUUUGUGAGGGAGAUCAGCCCUGAGCUAACAUCCAUGCUAAUCCUCCUCUUGUUGCUGAGGAAGACCAGCUCUGAGCUAACAUCUAUUGCCAAUCCUCCUCCUUUUUUUUUCCCCCAAAGCCCCGGUAGAUAGUUGUAUGUCAUAGUUGCACAUCCUUCUAGUUGCUGUAUGUGGGACUCAGCCUCAGCAUGGCCGGAAAAGCAGUGCAUCGGUGCGCGCCCAGGAUCCGAACUCCGCCAGUAGUGGAGCGUGGGCACUUAACCACUAAGCCACAGGGCUGGCCCCUAAGUCAUAUUUUUUUGAGGCUUUUUCGUCUUAGUUAUGUCCCUUGUGUUUUUCAUAUGGCUUUUAAAUUAAUCUUCAAAACAUUCAUUUAAAUCAGAUGGUCAUUAUUCAGUCAGCAAACCUCAGGAGUGAACUUUAAUAAAGACACUCACCUCAUCUUUGUUAUUGGAGUCUCGGUCAGCUUUAGAUAUCUGCUCAUCCUGCCUAGUCCGCACUGGUAAAGUUAGGAAGGUUCACAUGCCACUAUGUUGUGUGUCAGUGGAAAGGAAGGUGAAAUCUUUAAAACCUGCAGACUCUACCCCACAGUCCUUAAAUGGCCAACCAUUGUCCUUUGCGCAAGCCACCUCAACCUGCUUAUACUUGCCGUCCUCUCCUUAGAAAGUACCUGUGAGUAAUAAACAUAUUUCUAGUCAGUAGAUGCAUGUAGCAACAUCAGUCUUGCCAUCCAAUUACCUUUGAAGUAAGGUGUCAAUCCUGCCCCCCAAAUGGCAAUGAUAGAGCAGAAUGCAACCCAUGAAAAAUAUUUGGGGUGAUGCAUGCACUUAGUGUAGGGAAUUUUUAUAAGAUGAGGAAAGGAACUCCAAAUGCAGAUUCCUGUGUGAUAAUGUUUUUAGGUGUGUUGAUCACCAAAGAGAACCUCUGAAACCACACACAUGGAUCUAGCUGUAGAAUCAAUAAGUGAAAAUGCAGAGUCUCACAAAAGAAAAUGCAGAGCAACAAACACGAAUGGAUGUUUUCUGUUCUGAUAUGUAAAGAGCUCUGUGUGAUCACUCUCAUCUUGACAAGGAAAAUACUAAACACUCUGAAAAGGAACACCUCUUCUUAGAUCCAUGGGAAAUUUGAGGUUACAUGGCAAACAAUGCCCUGAAAAUGAGAGACAGGUGAAUAUAGAGAAUUACCAUGUACCAGGAAGAGACAUGAAUGUAGCCAGGAACUUUCUAGGAAUACAUAAACUGUUGUAGAUGGAUUGUUGGAGAGACAGUAUAGAUUAUCUUAUGUGUUAAAAACUCUAGCAGGGGCCAGUCUGAUGGCCCCCCAAAUUCAUGAAUGUUUCCUUCAACAACCCAAUGUCAUACUCAUAGUGAAGAUCAGAAAAAGUUGCCUUCUGCUUCAUGUAGAAAAUGGGGGAAGACAUUUUCAUAUACACAAAAAAGCAUUUUAUUGUCUGUAAGGUAGACCACCCCUCAAAGGAAACGAAUGUGCCAAAGUCCUUCCUGAUUGGGCAAAGUGCAGAUAGACACCUGCAGUCACUUCAGGUUCCUCUCUCACAAAAGUGGAGGGAAUGUAAAUGCUGAGAACUUGUUCUGAAGUUUGUAGUCCAGGGAUUCUUUACCACCAAAACAUUGCAGGUUUUAUCAAGACAGAAGAGGACAUUUUCCCUUUCAAAUACCUAAGACUGUAUCAGCAGGGCCCCAGGAUAAAAACAGUGGAUUAAAACAGACACCUGCAACACAGAGACGCUACUUAAGAAUGAGUUUCUAGGGAAACCCAAACCCACCAGGCAAAUAAGUACAAGGUCGCUACAGACCAUGAAGCCCCUGACACCUCCAGCUGCAGCAAACAUUAAACAUAGUCUGACCCCCAUUCAAGAGAUGAUAACACUUCACACUAAAGGCCUAUUUAUCUCAAAUCUUUUAUUGUGAAAAUUCACAAAUAUGUGGAAAUUAACUAACACGCUUGGACACACCACUGAGUCAAAAACAAAAUCAAAAAGGAAUUCACUAUAUUUCUGCCAAAGCAAGGAAAAGGAAAUUUAAAAAAUAUCUGAAGGGCCAGCGCAGUUGCGUAGUUGUUAAGUUCACAUGCUCUGCUUUGGCGGCCCAAGGAUUGUGGGUUUGGAUUUUAGGCAUGGACCUACACACUGCUCAUCAAGCCAUGCUGUGGAGGUGCCCUACAUACAAAAUAAAGGAAGAUUGGCACGGAUGUUAGCUCAGGGACAAUCUUUGUCAAGCAAAAAGAGGAAGAUUGGUGACAGAUAUUAGCUCGGCCAGUCUUCCUCGCAAAAAAAAACAAAAUCAGAAGAAAAACAAAAAUAAAAAGGCAACUUAGGAAAACUUAUGAGAUGCAGCAUAAGGGAAGUUCAUAGUGAAAAACACCUAUGUUAUAUGAAACAGAUCAAAUUAACAACCUAAAUUUACACCUGAAGGAACUAGAAAAGGAACAACAAAGUACAUGCAAAGUUAGCUAAAGUUAGGGAAUAAUAAAUAUUAAAGCAGAAAUAGAGAUUAGAAAAACAAUAGUUUCAAUGUUUAAAACAGUAAAAUCAAGAGGCCCUUUGGUAGACCAACAAUGAUGAGAGAACACUGAUACGUAAAAUCAGAAAUGAAAGGAGCACAUAUUACAACAGAUGUCUCAAAAAGAUCGAAAGGGACUAUUAUGACCAUUUAUAUGCAAAUUGUAUAACUUAGAAGAAAUGGAUAAAUUCCUAGAAACAUGCAACCUACCAACAAAGAAUUAAACAUUAGAAAACCUGAAAAUACCAAUACUAAGCAAAAACCAAUUCAAAGAAUACCAAUCCU